AUGGGUAAAGAGAAGGAACAUAUUAACGUUGUCGUCAUUGGUCACGUCGAUUCUGGCAAGUCCACCACCACUGGACAUUUGAUCUACAAGUGCGGUGGUAUCGAUAAGAGAACCAUUGAAAAGUUCGAAAAGGAGGCCCAAGAAAUGGGUAAGGGUUCCUUCAAGUAUGCUUGGGUUUUGGACAAGUUGAAGGCUGAAAGAGAAAGAGGUAUUACCAUUGAUAUUGCCUUGUGGAAAUUCGAAUCCAAGAACUUUGUCUUUACCAUUAUUGAUGCUCCAGGACACAGAGAUUUCAUCAAGAACAUGAUUACUGGUACUUCUCAAGCUGAUGUUGCCAUCUUGGUCAUUGACUCUACAACUGGUGGUUUCGAAGCUGGUAUCUCCAAGGAUGGUCAAACCAGAGAACAUGCCUUGUUGGCCAAGACUUUGGGUAUCCAACAAUUGAUCGUCUGUAUGAACAAGUUUGAUGAUAAGACUGUCAAUUACAAUCAAGCCAGAUACGAUGAAAUCAAGAAGGAAGUUGCUGACUACUUGAAGAAGUUGGGUUACAAGGUUGAUGAUAUUCCAUUCGUCCCAAUCUCUGGUUGGACUGGUGAUAACAUGAUUGAAAAGUCUGACAAGAUGCCAUGGUACAAGGGAAAGUGUUUGUUGGACACUUUGGAUGACUUGAAGCCACCAGUCAGACCUGUUGAUAAGCCACUCAGAUUGCCACUCCAAGACGUUUACAAGAUUGGUGGUAUUGGUACUGUCCCAGUCGGUAGAGUUGAAACUGGUGUCUUGAGACCAGGAAUGGUUGUUCACUUUGCUCCAGGUCAAGCUGCAGAUUCUGAAGUCAAGUCUGUUGAAAUGCACCACCAAUCUGUCCCAGAAGCUAAGCCAGGUGACAAUGUUGGUUUCAACGUUAAGGGGUUGUCCACAACUGAUAUCAAGAGAGGUUAUGUUGCUUCUGACUCUAAGAACGACCCAGCUAAGGAAACAGCCUCAUUCGAAGCUCAAGUUAUCAUUAUGAACCACCCUGGUGAAAUUAGAAACGGAUAUACUCCAGUUUUGGAUUGUCACACUUCUCACAUUGCUUGUAAAUUCGAAAAGUUGAUGGCUUUGAUUGAUAAGAGAACUAACCAAACUGUUGAAGAGAACCCAGAAAAGAUUAAGAGAGGUGAAUCUGCUAUGGUUAAGUGUGUUCCAACCAAGCCAAUGUGUGUUGAAGCUUACACUGAUUAUCCACCUUUGGGAAGAUUCGCUGUCAGAGACAUGAGACAAACUGUUGCUGUCGGUAUCAUCAAGAAGGUUGAGAAGAAGGAAAUUUCUGCAAAGAAGUAA